AUGUCGACGCUUCAGGAAAUGCGGCAGCUGGGCAUCGACCCCUCACGUCGGAACGCACGGGCGCGCCCUCUGGCCGAUGACGAACGAAAGGCUCUCGAGCCGUUCUUGGACAAUAUACAUUACUCGCAGAGAUACUCCGAUGAUGAAUACGAAUACCGACACGUGCUGCUACCGAAGCAGAUGCUCAAGCUCAUUCCGGACCAGUAUCUCGACCAGAGCAAAAAGACCCUGAAGCUAUUGUGGGAAGACGAGUGGCGGUCCAUGGGGAUUACACAGAGCCUCGGCUGGGAACACUACGAAGUCCACGAGCCUGAGCCACACAUUCUACUUUUCAACUCCGCCGCCAGAUCUGCACCCUCACAGUACCACUUUGUUGUGUCUAACAAGUCCUACUAUCAGAUCUCACCGAAAGCCAUAGUCUCUGACGCUUGUGCUUCCUACUCCACUCUCGAGAGGCUCAACGAAAGGGUCUUCCCAGCCGUGACCGAUCUCACCAAGACAACUGACUUCUUCAGCCACUACCGAGUCAAUCUUUUCCACAAAACAUGCCCCUUCUGGAACGAUGAUGACGGCAUGUGCGGCAACAUUGCCUGUGCCGUGCAGACGCUAGAGAACGAGGAGGACAUCCCAAAGAUCUGGAGGGCCAGUGAGCUGGGCAAGCUCGAAGGCCCGAAAGCCCAGCACCCGGGAAAGCUGACCCAGAAGCAACUGCCGCAGAAUCCACUGCGGGGCGGCUUGGGCGCAAAUGUCGGCGAGAGCUGCGUGGUCGAGUACGACGACGAGUGCGACGAGCGCGACUAUUGUGUGCACGAGGACGAGAGCGCCGGUUCCAAGGGCGACUACGUGAGCCUGGUGCAGAACCCGGAACGGUUCACAGGUUACGCAGGACAAGGCGCUCAGCAGGUGUGGCAGGCGAUCUAUCGCGAGAACUGCUUCCAGAAAAGCUCGUUCCCUCACUCGGCACAGCUGGGCUCUGGGCCACCGGCCAAGGGACCAGCAGCUCUGGACUUCCGGACGGUGCUUGAAGCCGCUGGCCGGCAGCAUGCAUUGGAGCAGCAGCGUCAGCAGAUGCCCAGCACGCCGUUUGUAGCGAUGACGGGCCUCGAGGUCGAGGACGAGUGCAUUGAGAAGCGCGUUUUCUACCGACUCAUGUCUGGCAUGCACGCAUCCAUCAGCACGCAUCUCUGCUGGGAUUUUCUCAACCAGACCACCGGUGAAUGGACGCCCAACGUGGAGUGCUACGCCAACCGUCUGCAAAAGUUCCCGGAACGCAUCAGCAACCUGUAUUUUAACUAUGCCGUGGUCACACGGGCGAUUGCCAAGCUGGGUCCCCACCUGUCGUCAUACACCUUCUGCUCGGGCGAACCGGAACAGGACCAGGCUACACGGGCCAAGGUGCUGGCUGUGACGGACAAGGCAGCCAGCGUGCCGCAGAUCUUUGACGAGUCGCUCAUGUUCAAGAACGGUGAGGGUCCCUCGCUGAAGGAGGACUUCCGCAACCGGUUCCGCAACGUGAGUCGGCUUAUGGACUGUGUGGGCUGUGACAAGUGCCGGCUUUGGGGCAAGGUGCAGACGGCCGGCUAUGGCACGGCGCUGAAGGUGUUGUUUGAGUACGAUAACGACGGCAAGGUCCCGCCGCUGGAGCGCACCGAGCUUGUGGCCCUGUUCAACACGUACGCGCGGAUCAGCAGCUCUCUGAACGCGAUCCAGAAGUUCCGCAUCAUGGCUGCGAAUGACGAGACAAUUGUGGCAGCUGCCAGCGCUAUCGCAGACGAGCCGGUGCAAUCGAUCUCUGACCGGGUGCGGAAGCCGCACCACGUCAUUGUGCCAGAGCGGUCUGAUAGCACGGCUGCUGGCGAGGACGAGGAAGUGUAUGACGAGUCUCAUUACCCCUCUAUCGGAGAGUGCAUUGGCGAGGAACUAGACAACGUCCUGAAAGCGUUUAAGUUUCUCUUCGAACGGUACAUCGCCUUCCCUCAGAUGAUGUGGCACAUUAUCUCGACAGAGCUGCUGCGUCUGUGGCAGUUCUUUAUCGGGCUGCCGGUUCGGCCGCGAUCAUGGGCAUUUGAGCGGCCAAGCGUGGACGAAUUGUAG